AUGGAUGCCGGCACACAACUGGAGCAAUUCGACUACGACUACCCGAGCAACCGACCAGUGUUCGUCUCCGAGUCGGCCAGCUUCAGCGUCAAGGAAGGCGACUCCAUUGUGUUGCCCUGCCAAACCAGCGACCUAGGGCCGUACCCGGUGGUCUGGCGGAAGGGGAACCGCGUCAUCAGCGCCGGCCCCACCAUCACCGCCAUCGAGAGGCGCUUCCGGCUGGUGCAGGGCCACAGCCUGCAGAUCGAUCGCGUGCGCGUGCGCGACGCCGGCACCUUCGUCUGCUCCGUCUCCACCGACCCCGUCACCGAGCUCACCCACCAGCUGGACGUGAUGUACGGGCCGACAGUGCAGACGAUUCCAGAGUCCGGCAUGGUGGUGGCCCAGAAAGGCUCAGAAGAGACGCUCGAGUGCUCGGCGCGUGGAAAACCGCAGCCGCAGGUCGUGUGGAGGAAGCAGACCGGCCUCCUGCCGACCGGCGAGAAGACGAGGCUGGGCAACCGCUACACAGUUUCGCAAAUCAGCCGGCAGAUGGCAGGCGUGUACGAGUGCGUGGCCGACAACGGGCUGGGCCAGACAGCCGUUGGCCGGAUCAGUCUCCAGGUCCAGUACCCGCCGGAGGUGGAGGUGGAGCGGAGCACAGUGUACACCGGUGAGGGCUACGCCGUCAAGCUGGCCUGCUUCGUGUACGCCGACCCACCGGCCAAGGUGGUCUGGGCCCGCGACGGCUCGCCGCUCGAUGCGGCCCGUCACGUGCCCUCCGACGACGUCGCCAUGGGUACGCGACACACGCUGACCGAUCCGCCGCGUGCGCCCGGACGACUUCACCACCUACUCCUGCCAGGCGUCCAACAGCCUCGGCGCCAUGAAACGGCGCAUGAUCGUCACCGGGGUGGCCGACCGAGUGCGGGUGACGAGCGCUCCGGUCGGAUCGGCACCCGACGUGUACGACCUCUCCUGGCGCGUAGAGAGCUACUCUCCCAUCAACGAGUACAAGGUCGCCUACCGGAGGAGCAAGUACAACGCCUCUUCGACCACGCCCUCGGGCUGGAAGGAGGUGAUCGUGCCGACCACGGGCACGGAGCCGACCAACGAGGUGCAGUACCACCAGCGGAUCGAACUGCGGCACCUGCAGCCCGCUGCCGGAUACGACCUCUACAUCCAGGCGCGCAACGGCCACGGCUGGAGCGCCGUCUCUGACAUGUUCCACUUCUCCACGCUCUCCAAGGGCGAAGCGCUGGAGUCUCGGAUAGCGGGCACAGCCGGGACGGCCGUGCGUCGGUUACACCCGUUCUUGGCGGCCGUGCUCG